AGAAAAUUGACAUCACGGCUGCAAGAACAUAUAAAUAACCAGCACGCUGCAUUUCUGAUCCACUGCAGCAACAUCUCUGACAGAAGCACUCUACAUGCUCAGAUCCUCUAAAGGCACAGCAGAAACUGGAUUUUGUGAAGUACACCGAGAAGCUCCUUUUUGUAAAACAGUUCUGAGAACGUCCGAGAGAUUUUUCCUCUGUCUUUAACUGUGUUUGCCACUUCUUUAAAAAAUCAUGUGCACAGGAGGGUGUGCCAAGUGCCUGGGAACCACUCUUAUCCCCCUGGCUGUGCUAUGUACCCUCGCUAACAUCUUGUUGUUUUUCCCUGGAGGAACAGUGGUUGAAAACAAUCUACACAUUACAGAUGAGGUUUGGUACUUCGGAGGGAUCUUGGGAUCUGGUGUGUUGAUGAUCUUUCCUGCCUUGGUAUUUUUGGGCCUUAAGAAUAAUGAUUGCUGUGGAUGCUGUGGUAAUGAGAGCUGUGGAAAGAGGUUUGCGAUGUUUUCUUCUAUAAUAUUUGCUGCAAUUGGAGUUGUGGGAGCUGGAUACUGCUUUGUUUUGUCAGCAGUAGCCAUAAACAGAGGCCCGAAAUGUAACACUGGAACACAGUGGACCUAUCCUUUCCAGGAUGGGGAUUACCUCACUAACCACACAUUGUGGAACGCGUGUCAGUCACCCGAAAACAUCGUCCCAUGGAACUUGACCCUCUUCUCCUUGCUGCUCAUCAUGAGUGGGAUCCAGGCAGUGCUCUGUGUCAUUCAGGUGGUGAACGGCCUGUUUGGAACCAUCUGUGGGGACUGCAAAUGUUGCGGAUGUUGUGGGGGAGAUGGAACUGUCUAA